UUUUUUGUUUAUUUGUCAAGAUUUUUUUUUUGAAUAUACAGGCUUUUUGUGUGUGACUUUGAGAAAUGGUGGAUGAAGGAACAAAGAAGACCUUAGGUGCUAUUCCUUUGCUCAAGACCAGUGCUGGGCCACGGAAUAAGGAGCAGUGGGUUCAAAGGCUGAAAGAAGAGUACACUAGUCUCAUCAAGUAUGUAGAAAAGAAUAAACAAGAGGACAAUGACUGGUUCAGGUUGGAGUCCAACACAGAAGGCACCAGAUGGUUUGGCAAGUGUUGGUUGGUCCAUGAGCUCCUCAAGUAUGAAUUCGACGUGGAAUUUGAUAUACCAGUGACGUAUCCAGCUACAGCCCCUGAAAUUGCAAUCCCUGAAUUGGAUGGGAAAACAGCAAAAAUGUACCGCGGAGGAAAGAUCUGUUUGUCUGACCAUUUCAAGCCAUUGUGGGGCAGGAAUGUGCCAAAAUUUGGCAUUGCUCAUGCCAUGGCUUUAGGGAUGUCGCUCGACAUGCUGUACAUCAAGUCGAAAUCCGUCAAGCCUUUGAGCCGGAAACACGGGAAGGCGGAGCUGAAGAGGAAAUCGUUCUCAACGAGGGGAGCAUGGAUCCUGUUCGUUUCGCCGAGGGGCCCCUUUUUUUUUGCGGUGGUGGCAGUAGGUGCUUCAGCAUCCUUGUGGCACAACAUGAGGACCAAAGACCUCGUGCGGAUUUCCGUGAUCGCCGUCUUGCACUUGUUGUUUUGCGUCUCACACGUGUGCUCGACAAAGAAAAACAAUGACUUGCUCUUGGGUCCAGCUCCAGCCAAGACCAACGCGACGCUCAUCGGGCUCAAGAAGAACAACCAGAAGCGAGCCCCGGAAGGUCCCAUAAAGCUCCAGGUCCUGGGCAAACCCAAAAAGAACCCGAAACCCGGCCCAGAGCCCAAAAAGGACACCGUAUCCAAGCGCCAAGCAGCAGAGGCGGAGAAGACGUCAACGGAACGCGUGUUUCGGGAAUUCUCCGACAUUGACGUGGAUUUCGAGAGACAACACGGAGACGGGGAAGAUAGUAAUAAAAAACGAAAUGAGCGGAAAAGCAAUUCCAACAAGAAGAAGAAAAGGAAGAACAAGAAGAAGAAGAAGAGGAGGAGGAAGGAGCAGAAUAAUAAUGAUAAGAAGCAACAUAGGAACUAUUAUGGAGCCAAGGAUGCUGGGAAUAUGGAAGAAUGGCAGCAGUGCACAACUGAAAGCUCUGUGACGCAGUUGACUAUGAGUGGAGAAGAGGAAGAUGGCUCUGGAAAUAAGCACAUUUCCACUGAAAAAGGAAGAGAUAGUGAGGAAAGCGUGGCUUUUGCUCUGGAAGACGUUUAUGCUGCCAAAAGAGGGAAAGGCAGUUGCUGUGAAAAAGAAGACCCCUGUCUCCCAAUCUGCACAGACAAGCCCUAUGACAGCCUCCCACUCUGCACCCCGAGUGCAGCCCCAUCAGAAGGAGCUGCAGGAGGAGGGACAAGUGGCCCAGGUGGCCCUGCAGCAGCAGGUGCCACUGCUGGCCCAGGAGCUUUUAGUGUAUCUGGAAGUGGUGGUGGUGGUGGUGGUCCUGGUGCCAGUGGUGGUCCUGGUGCCAAUGGUCCCACAACACCCAUGGUACCAGGCAUGGUCUUUCCCCCCAUAGACAUAAUGGGCAUGUUCUCUGCCCCCACCACCACUAUUGAGCAAGGAGCCAUGCCCAUGUUCCUGGACUCUAGGUUCCAUGGUGGCAGGUUGAAUGGCUGGGGCAAGGUGGGCAUGGGCUACAGCAUGCCCUUUCCUGGUGUGCUGCCUGGGAGGACACCCAUGACUGUGCUGGUGCCACAGGCCACAUACUCUAACCUGCCAAAGGUCAAUAGUAACAACAACAACAACAAGAAUGCAAAUAAGGCCAACAAGUCUGCUGACUCAUCUAAUAGUCCCAUCCUCAAGAAGAAGGAAAGACCUCCUGCUAAGGUCCAAGGGCCUCCUCCUCCCAUGGAGCCUGAUACAUCUGGCAGUUCUGCCAAGUCCCCCCAAAAGGGAAGCAGCAGACACAGCCCUUUGAGAUCCAUGAUGCCACCUCCAUUUCCAGGAUACCCCAUUCCAAUGGCAAUGCCAGGGAUGCCCCCAGGUUUCAUGGGCAUGCCAAUGCCUUGGCCUGACCAAAGACUCCUCAGGUCCCAGCAGCAGGGCCAGUUCAGGCCCCCAGGACCCAUGAUGAUGCCCAUGCCACCCAUGAUGCACCCUUGUUAUUCCUUGAUCAAAAAGAAUUACUGCAAACACAUUCUGCACACUGGCAACUUCCUGCUGCUGAACAUGUCACACCACAUCAUGCUGAACCUGAGUGCUGCCCAUGAUAUCCUUGUGAAAAUGCUUCUGCUAAAAGUGGCAUCUCUGAGCAGUGUCUUCAUCAUUUUGCAAUGCCCAACUGUCAUACUCAGCAGCAGCAGUGAUGCUUCUUUUUCAUCAUCUGCAAAACCUGUGCCUCAAAAUCAAACCUCACCAGCAUCAGAUGCCCUCAUCAGCACCAAUAAUAAUAAGAAGUCAGUGAGAAACAUCAGAAGCCCAGCAUCCCAGCUGCAGGUGAACCAAACUGAGCCUGAGAAGUAUGUGAAAAAGACUCAUUUUCUGCUCAUAAAGAGUCAGGUGGUGGAAAAGGGACCAAAGGCAUCCAUCUUGCUUCUGGAUGAUGCUGAAACUGAGUUUAACCUGGAGUCUACUGGGCUUUUGCAACUCCCAAAGGAAAUCCACAAUGCUUUGGCAGCAGUCCAAGCUUUCCCAGGUACUCAUCAUCAUCAGACACACAACAACAACAACAACAACAAGUGGGCCACAUCAAGGACUUAUUCAUCCACCACCAAGAAGGCAUCUACCCCUUUGAAAAUACAUCAUCAUGAUGAUGAUGAUCUACAGCUGCAGCACACACUAGCCCAGCACCAUCCUAAAGCAAAUAAGCCAACAACUCACUCCAGUACAUCAAGAAUGGUGAUGGUGACCAAGCCAUCAUCAGCAGGGAUGGUAGUGUCUACCAUUGCCAAUAAUAAGAAGACCAGCAAACCAUCAGCAACCACCAGCACACACUUUCUGGAAGUGAAACCAAAGGAACCUGUCAUCCCUCAAGUGACCCAGCAACAGGAGCAGUACUUUACACAUCAGCAGCCAGCAGCAGUAAACAUUAUUCAUACCAGACUGCCCAAGAAUAAGAAAAACAGGCCCAAGACAAGAGUCAAAAUGGACCCACCCACAUUCCAUUACACCAGGGCACCAGCAUCAUCCACCAGCACCUCCAUCAUCAUCAGCAAUCACAUCAAGAUGAUGAAACCCUUGCACAUGAUGAACACACUCAAUGCUGGCAACUUCAUGCCUGACUAUCUUGAAUUGGAGAUCCCCAAUAAUGAAGGUCUUUACUUGCCCAGCAGUCCACCUUCAUCCCAACAUGAAACCAGCAGGGGGAUGGAAGUCAUCCAUGACUUUUUGGACCAGACACUUGAUGUGGACACAUUAAUGUCCACAUCAUCACCAUCAUCAUUUGCAGCAAUUGCCUUUGAGAAUGACUCAGACAGUAGAGUGCCAUUCAGAAAAGGUGACAGAAGAACAGCAGCAGAGACCUCAGCUGACUUAUUUCUUGACUUGAAAGUGGAUCUGCUGGACACUGAUGCCAAAGCUUCUGAGAAAAGCCCCAGCCUUUCUUCUGAUGAUGAUCUCAAAGUCAUUCAACCCAGGGACUCCAGGGAAGCCUACCUUACAUCAGAGCAAUAUGUCAUGCCUGGACCAGAACCUCAUGCAAAAGAAGAAGACUGGGAAAAGUCCCUGAAUAAAGUGCUCAAGUCAAAGAUAGACAACCUGGAGGACAAACAAAUUCUGGUGUUGGUGAGUGGAAAGAAACCUGUGCCUUUGGACUCUGUGGCCAGACACUUUGAGGACCAGGCCAAGAAAGCUCUCAACUUCUUGGUGCAAAAGGCAAAGAUGAAUCAUCAUCAUCAGGACAAUGUCAGAGUAGAAAGGGCAACCAAGAAGCAACAGGAGCUGGUGCUGCCCUCUGGAUUCUCCUUCCAGCAGCAACACAUGGAUUCUGCUGAUGAAGACUCUUAUUCAACAGGUCAUAGGCCCAAGAAUGUUGAGAUGCUGAAGCAUUGGCUGAGGAAAAUCAAGAGUGAAGAGCACUUGGUUCCAACCAUUCACAAUAACAGUCUCCCAACCACAAUAAAGGACUCUUUCAAUGACCUCAUCAAAGCUCCAACUUAUGCCAAUAACCUUUCCAAUCCUGAUGAUGAGAAAAAUGAAUGGUCCAGUGUUUGA